GCCAUCUUUGAUGCGAGAAGUGAUUGUUUGACGAAUAGAAAUAAUAGGAAAUAAUAAAAAAUAUACCGUGAAAAGUUGGAGGAAUCGUGGCGAAGCUGAAGGGGAUAUUAAGAGGCCAGGUGAAACUCAGGAAAAUCAGCAGAAGAAGGCAUGAAGAAAACAUCAUAGUCAAGAAGUCAUGGCUGAUAAAAGAAAACUUCAAGGUGAAAUAGACAGAUGUUUGAAAAAAGUCACAGAAGGGGUAGAGCAGUUUGAGGACAUUUGGAAAAAGCUCCACAAUGCAGCCAACGCCAACCAAAAAGAAAAAUAUGAGUCUGACCUCAAGAAAGAGAUUAAAAAAUUACAGCGCCUUCGUGACCAGAUUAAGACAUGGGUCGCCUCUAAUGAGAUCAAAGACAAAAGACAGCUUGUGGAGAACCGCAAACUCAUCGAGACGCAAAUGGAACGGUUUAAGAUAGUGGAACGGGAGACCAAAACGAAAGCGUACUCUAAAGAGGGUCUCGGCCUUGCUCAGAAAGUUGAUCCUGCACAAAAAGAGAAAGAAGAGGUCGGCCAGUGGCUAACGAACACAAUAGACACAUUGAAUAUGCAAGUGGACCAGUUUGAGAGCGAGGUUGAGUCACUUUCUGUCCAGACAAAGAAAAAGAAAGGCGACAAAGAGAAGCAGGAUCGGAUUGAGGAACUAAAGCGAUUGAUCGAGAGGCACCGAUUCCACAUCCGUAUGCUGGAAACCAUCCUUCGAAUGCUGGACAAUGACUCGAUACAGGUGGACUCCAUCCGCAAGAUUAAAGAUGACGUGGAGUACUACCUUGAUUCCUCUCAGGAUCCCGAUUUUGAAGAGAACGAGUUCCUCUAUGAUGACCUUGAUUUAGAGGAGAUACCCCUGCCAGUAGUUCCCACGUCUCCGGCAGGUCACCCAGACGACGAGAUCUUCCAGCACUCCAGUUCCACCCCGACGUCCACAACGUCCUCUUCUCCCAUUCCUCCCUCUCCGGCUACUUGCACUACGAAUUCGGAAGAUGAAAAGAAAAGGGGUCAUUCGACAGACAGUGAAAUCAGCCAGUCGCCCAUCAAAAAUGGAAACCAGUCUUCAUCUUUGUCCUCGUCUUCUUCACUAUCCUCCUCAUCCUCUGGAGCCUCUUCCAUCUCUCUGAUCUCAAUGGCGACUCUGGCCAGCAGCGGGAGCUCUGCAUCAGGUGGCAGCAGUCUCUUGGGUAACAUCAACGUUCCCCUCCAGAACUCUGGCAGCUAUAGUUCAGCAACCCAGCAACAAACACAGCAAUCCCAACAGCAGCACCAGCCCAAAAACUCAGCCUCCUCCCACUCCAACUCAACCUCGGCCAGCAACAGUAUCUUGCUCCCAACAUCCACCUCGACAUCCCCACCCAACACCAGCACACUGGGCCCCCUGACGCCCAGCUCUCAGAGCCAGACCAGUUUGGGAAUGAGUCUUUCCUCCAGUCUCGGCCUUGGGAAGGGGACUUCAGCAUUGACUGGCACAAACCAGAUGCCCAGUCUGGUUCUCUCAGGGAUGCCGGCAUCCUUGAGUGGGUUUUUGAGCGGAUCCACCCCGGCGCCUUAUGCACAAGCGGCUGCCGCAGGUUGUGUGGGCAGUGGACUGUCUUCGGCGAUCGGGACGAAUAUUAGCAGUACAAACUCCAGUGGAGUGGUAACCUCGUUGGGGACUAAUGGAAGUCUGGGCUCCACGAGCCUCUUGGGUCCAGGGUCUAGCAUUUUGGGCCUUGGGUCUACAUUCGCUGCUGUGGAGCCUUUGCCUUUGCUGGCUCCCAGUCCUGUGGGAAGCACACUGACCUCAGGGAGCAACGUGGGAGUAAUUGGAAGUAGCGGAGGGACCUCUGGGACAGCAAACACAACAGGAAGUGGCACACAACCACGACCACCUAGUGGACCAAAACAAAAUGGUGGUUCAAGUUAUAGUGCUGUGGUAGGAGACAGCACGUCAGACUCCGCCCUCAACAGUGCCAGCCAAUCACAGAACAGCCAAUCCUCAUCCUUAAAUUUAGCUGUAACAAAUCAGCUUAUGGACAGCGGGUCUAGCCUGCUGGGGUCAUUGACACUGGCACCCAGCUCGCCCUCACCGGUGUACAGUGAGAGUAAAGCUGGCGGUGGAGGCCUGCUGAACGGCCCACACUCAUACACACAGCCUGCUGACACCAUCAAGCCUCAGGAGCCUCCGAGCUCUCUAAAGUCAAUGGCAGAGCGAGUCGCUCAAGGCUCAGGGUUAGACGGAGAGCUGUCUGCACUACAUAUCCCCAGUGAUAUAUUCCCCAGCUCCACGGCUCCAUCAAGCACUCCUGCAGCUCCACAGUUGUCUCUGUCAGAGGUCAGUAUCCCUCCAUCAUUGGGUGUGUGUCCACUGGGCCCCGUCCCGCUCUCCAAAGACCAACUCUACCAGCAAGCCAUGCAGGAGUCUGCCUGGGCACACAUGCCUCACCCGUCCGACUCUGAGAGGAUCAGGCAGUACCUAAUGAGGAAUCCCUGCCCAACACUGCCUUUUCACCACCAGAUGCCACCUCCUCACUCCGACAGUGUGGAGUUUUACCAGAGACUGUCUACCGAGACCCUGUUCUUCAUCUUUUACUACUUAGAGGGCACAAAAGCGCAGUAUCUAGCAGCCAAAGCCUUGAAAAAACAGUCAUGGAGGUUUCACACAAAGUACAUGAUGUGGUUCCAGAGGCACGAAGAGCCCAAGACCAUCACAGAUGAGUUUGAACAAGGGACAUAUAUUUACUUUGACUAUGAGAAAUGGGGCCAGAGGAAAAAGGAAGGAUUUACGUUUGAGUACAGGUACCUGGAGGACCGGGACCUUCAGUGACGGAUCGUCAACUAGAACGGAGAAGGACUACUGUCGACAUUCCGGACUGAAUCAAAACACACAAACACACACACAUGUACACUCUCUUUUAUUCAGCGCGGAGGAGAGCCAGAUGCACAUGCGAGGCUGUUUUAUGUCUCGCUGGUGCAAAAAUGCAUCUGGAGCCCCUCCCUCUCUUUACAAUCACCCCCACUCAUUGGCCACUCCCUUUGUGACUCCGCCCUCUCAUUCAGCCAGAAUUAAUGCCAGUAUAUCGGAAAUUUCUGGAGCAUUUUUUUUUUGCGCCAAAGAAAAAGUUGAUUGUGGUCAAAUAAAGCAUUCAGCUCUUUCAAUAA